UAUUUUUUAAAGAACAGUAUGGAGAAUUGAGAAAGAAUGAACUCACUAUGAAUAAUUGAGCUGGCUCAUGGUGAUCUUGCUGGAAAGGAAAGUGUACAUAGAUGAUCCAGGCUGUUCAUUGUUUGGGCUUAACCAUUGAGAUGGCUGGAAAAAAAAAGAAGAAGCAUACGAGUCAUCAGCUUGGCAACAUGGGCCCACUCUACAUUGACUGACCGUUGACAUUCAAGGCAACCGUGGCUCAGUAAAAGAGCAGUGCAGCUGAUUUGCAGGCAGCAGCAGCAUCUUUACUAUGGUUCCCAUAGAUGAACGGCUUGGAUGUGAUACAAAUGCCAUGUUAGCACUUCUGGCCUGCGAGUGCGCUUGCAAGUGUGCACGCGCGAGUCCCAUUCAUUUUCCCUAAGUGCAAUCCCUAGGGCCAUAUCUGUCAUUUUCCUUGCAUCAUGAAGAGGGGCAUCACGUAAAUCCCCGCACAAGACAGAGGUUGUUUCGUAAGGAAUCUUCCCACUUCCCGCCUGCCUCAGAGCGACCGGUUCAACUCGUACCACGUGGCGAGUGCACAACCCUCCACGUUCGCCCACUUGUCGGUUAUUCUUUUCGUCUCCCGCUAGCAAUAACGUGUUGGCCGAACGGUUAGCCGUUACACGACUAGCCGAAUUUAAAAUUCGAAAUUCGCGGGAACGCUCUUCUUAAAGAAGAGCAAAGAAAACGGAAUUUUCAAUUUCCUACUUUCGAUUCCUACGUCCAAAAACAAGCCGACAAGUGUUUGGCCAGAUCUCCGUUUUCGAUUUUUUCCAAUCAAGCGCUCCAAGACGAUCAAUCCCCUCGGAAUCUCCGUUUUGGAUUGUUUCCAUCGUUCUCGGAUCACCCAGAAGUCAAAAUCAUGGCCCCUUUCUGAUCAUCUUCGGUUUUCAGCGUCAAAUGAUUCGGGUCCGAAGAUGAUUGGGCCCGUCUGAAAUUUGCUAUCAAUGGAGCACUUCCGGCAGAUCGGAGAAGUUUUGGGGAGCCUAAACGCUCUGAUGGUUUUUCGGGAUAAUAUCAGAAUCAACCAACGGCAGUGUUGUCUGCUGGUCGAUGUGUUCAAUCUCGGGUUUGAAGGGAUUGCAGAGGAGAUAAAACAGAAUCUGAAAUUCGAUGAAAGGCCGACGAAAUGGAAGGCUCUUGAACAGCCCUUGAAGGAACUCCACAGGAUAUUUAGAGAAGGAGAGCAGUACGUCUGCCAGUGCUUGGAGACUAAAGAUUGGUGGGCCAAGGCAGUCUCCCUAUCUCAGAACACUGAUUGUGUCCAAUUCCAUAUCCACAACCUGUUAUGGUGCCUCCCGAUUGUGUUUGAGGCAAUUGAGUUUGCAGCCGAGAUCUCUGGCUGCGAUCAGGAUGAGAUUCAGAUUAAGUGGCUCAUGUUGGCAAAGAAGUAUGAACGUGAUUGGAUGGACCCGAUGCUCUUCCAACGAAAAUUCGGUAAGCAGUACUUGGUCUCUCAUGACAUCCACAAUCGAAUAGAUAGCGUUUGGAGGGAGGAUCGAUGGGUUUUAUUGGAAACGAUCGCAGAGAAGAGAAGUGUGGGAACCAAUGUCCUAACGAAACAAGAGAUCCGUGUCGCAGAUCUUCUGUCCAAGAAUUUGAAUGGUCUUGAGCGGUCUUCGAAUGGGAAGCUGUUCCCGAGUUCGAUUCUGGUAGGAGCCAAGGACUAUCAGGUCAGGAGACGAUUGGGGAGUGGCAGCCAGUACAAGGAGAUUCAAUGGAUGGGUGAAAUCUUUGCUGUCCGGCAUUUUUUCGGGGAGAUAGAACCUUUGAUUCCAGAGAUAUCUCGUCUGUCUUCACUGGCCCACCCAAAUAUUAUGCAUUUCCUAUGUGGGUUCUCUGAUGAAGAGAAGAAAGAAUGCUUCCUUGUCAUGGAAUUGAUGAGCAAGGAUCUCUACAGUUUCAUCAAAGAGAUCUGCAGUCCAAGGAGACGGGUACCGUUCACUCUGCCAGUCGCCGUCGACAUCAUGCUCCAAAUAGCAAGAGGAAUGGAGUAUUUGCAUUCCCACAAGAUCUAUCAUGGUGAUUUGAACCCCUGCAACAUCCUCGUCAGAACAAGAAAUUUAUCUUCGGAAGGAUACUUGCAUACAAAAGUUGCAGGUUUCGGCCUCACAUCCGUCAGGAACUUCACUUCCAGAACAUCCCCCAAUCCAGCGGCUAUGAGCCCAUUAAUCUGGUAUGCACCAGAAGUCCUAUCAGAGCAAGAACAGCCGGACAGUUCUUGUGAUUCCAAGUACACGGAGAAAGCAGAUGUCUACAGCUUUGGGAUGAUUUGUUUUGAGCUGCUUACGGGUAAAGUCCCAUUCGAAGAUGGUCACCUUCAGGGAGAUAAAAUGAGCAGAAAUAUAAGGGCUGGCGAGAGGCCGCUUUUCCCAUUUCCAACACCAAAAUACCUCACCAGCCUGACCAAAAAAUGCUGGCAUGCCGACCCAAUUCAGCGCCCGAGUUUCUCAUCAAUCUGUAGGAUCCUACGUUACAUCAAGCGCUUUCUUGUUAUGAAUCCCAAUCAUAGCCAGCCCGAUGCACCCGUGCCUGUGGCAGACUACUUUGAUCUGGAGAUGAACCUUUCAAAGAAGUUCACCACAUGGGCUAGUGUGGGAACAGGUGCAGUAAUGCAGAUACCAUUUCAGAUGUUUGCAUACAGAAUCAUUGAGAAAGAGAGAACCGAGAAAACCACCAUCAAUGUUAGAGAUAAGAGUUCUGAAUCAGGUAGUAGCGAGGGAGCAUCGGUUUGUGGGGAUGAAAAUGGAGUCACAGCAGAUGAUCCGUUCUCUACGUCCUCAGUUCCUUCAAGGUCAUCAUCUCUGACUGCUUUGGAACCUAACAAGAAGACGUUGGUGAAGAAGUCUCUGGAUGGAAAGGCAAACAGAAUUUCAGGACAAAACAACAAAGGGAGAGCACUAAGACCGCCUCAAAUGACACCGUGUGGACACAGUUUGAGGAUGAAUUCUGAAAGCCAGCUGCAAACUGUGGUGAUGAGCCCGACCCGCCGGAGGACAUCUGGGCAUGCCUCCGAUUCUGAGUUGACGUAGCUGAGAUCAUUUCUGACAGCUCGCCACCACACUCCUAUAUAGGAAAAGAGUCUAUAUAACACACACAUACAAAACCUCUUUCUUCUGUUAAUGAAAGUUGUUUGCUCUGUUAAUUUCCUGUAUCCAUUGAUAUAGAUAGGUUUAGGGAAUAUCGGAACUCAACUGCUUGAAACUGUUGUAAUUAGAGCUUCUGGUGAAUACAGUCAUAGUUGCAUAUUUAAAUAGCCAAGGAAAAUUCAUUUUGUAAUGGCUCUCUUUGUGGGCUUGUUUGGUUGCAUACAAUCACUAUAUAAGAGCACCCAUAAGAGAUUGCUUAGAGAGGAACUAUCUGAUGGCGUGGAUUUUCACAUUUGGGGUCUGUGAUUCACUGAUCCAGCACACUGAUGAGGCACACCCCAUGAAUCCCACAUUGA